AUGCUUCGCCGCCUCUUCCUCCACCACGCCCGCCGGCGCCUCCACUCCUCUGGCACCGCCUCCUCCAUUCCCCUCUCUACCCCAACCUUCGCUAUUUUUGGCGCCAACACCGGCGUCGGCAAGACCCUCGUAUCCGCAGGCCUCGCCGCUGCGCUCCUCUCCUCCCCCUCCCCUUCCGUCUCGGCCCCCGCGCUGCUCCACGCCUCCCCCUUCCCCCGAGCCACCCGCCUCGUCGCCUCAUGCCGCACCCUCUUCCCGUCACCCGCCGUGGAGGCCAAGGCGGAACCCCUCCACGAGAGCCAAGAGAAGGUGGUGACCUACGGAGCGGGUGCCGCGGAGCAGACGAAGGUGCUCGCGUGCUGCACGGCGUACGCGUGGCGGGAGCCGGUGUCGCCGCACCUGGCAGCAGAGAGGGAAGGAAUGGCGGCGGGGGAUGAUGAGGUCAAGGGUUGCUUCGAACAGUGGCUGCUGGAGGAAGGCGUGGGGGAAGGUGGGGAGGUGUGGAAAGUGCUGGAAACUGCUGGUGGCGUUGCCAGCCCCGGUGCCUCCGAUUCUGUUACAGUAAUUGAUUCACGUUAUGGUGAGAAUUUUUCUGUGUACAAGAUUAAAGGCAAAAUGCUCGUCCCUCAAUUUGAUGCAUGCGCUCGUUGGUGGACUCAAGGGCCUGAUUCUAACUUGCAGAUUGAACUUGCAAGAGAUAUGGGUUAUGCUGCUGCAAGAUAUGGUCAUGUGAUGUUUCCAGAGAAUGUUCAUGAGCCUGCUCUUCGUUCUGCAGAAGUUUUACUUGGAGGAGUUGGUAAAGGUUGGGCUUCUCGAGUCUAUUAUUCAGACCAUGGAUCCACUGCGAUUGAAAUUGCUCUAAAGAUGGCAUUUCGUAAAUUUUCUCUUGAUCAUGGAAUUAUGGCUGGCUGUGAAAAUAGUACAAGAAAUGAAAGAAACAUUCAGUUGAAGGUACACGCUCUAAAUGGUUCCUAUCAUGGUGAUACUCUGGGUGCUAUGGAAGCUCAAGCUCCAUCAGCUUAUACAUCUUUUCUUCAGCAACCAUGUGGUUCUCUGUGCCAACUGUGGUCUUUACUGGACCAGCCUUCUCUUUGA